AUGUUGUACUACCUGCCCCAGCUGUCAGUCACCUCAGUCAGCAAUGUCACCGUAGGUCCCAUCCUCCUGGGGAUGCUCAUGGCGAUGGCUACUGCUGAAACCACCACCACAAGCCCAGAGAAAACUCAAGGACUCAUUAACUAUCUUCUUGUCGAGAUCAAUAACCUGAAACAGGAGUUCGAUGAGCCAACUGAUGUGUGCAAAAGCGAAGUGGCACUGUCAGAAAACAAAAUGAAUGUUCCAAAAAUUACUGAGCAGGACAAAUGUUUACACACUACAUUUGAUAAGGAGACUUGCCUGCGGAGAAUCAGUACUGGUCUUUUGGAGUUUCAGGUGUACGUGAAAUACCUUCACAGAAAUUUUAAUGAUAAGGCAAGCUCUAAAGCUCUGCCAGUAGGUACCAGAGUCCUCUUUGACAUACUUCACAAAAAGGUAUCUUGUCCAUGUGAAAUAACUGGCCCUGCCCCAGAGGUAACUGCCAGCAUAGAAGAAAAGCUAGAUGCAUUGACUGGGUGGGAGAAGAAAACUGCCAUGCGUCUUAUCCUGUGUGACCUUCAAGAAUUCCUGCAGUACACCCUGAGGGUUGCUCACGUUGUUUAG